CCCAGCACCGGAGAGGACACUGACGGCUGGGAACGCCACCAUGGCCAACCUGACAGCCACGAGCAGCGGGACGAACUCAUGCACCUUCCACGAGGAGUUCAAGCAGGUGCUGCUGCCCCUGGUGUACUCAGUGGUGUUUGUGGUGGGGCUGCCCCUCAACGCCGUGGUCAUCGGGCAGAUCUGGCUGGCGCGGCAGGCGCUGAGCCGCACCACCAUCUACAUGCUCAACCUGGCCGUGGCCGACCUGCUCUACGUCUGCUCCCUGCCCCUGCUCAUCUACAACUACACCCACAAGGACUACUGGCCUUUCGGGGACUUCACCUGCAAAUUCGUGCGCUUCCAGUUCUACACCAACCUGCACAGCAGCAUCUUCUUCCUCACCUGCAUCAGCGUCCAGCGCUACCUGGGCAUCUGCCACCCCCUGGCCUCGUGGCACAAGAAGAAGGGCAAGAAGCUGACGUGGCUGGUGUGCGCGGCCGUGUGGUUCAUCGUCGUCGCCCAGUGCCUGCCCACAUUCGUCUUCGCCUCCACGGGCACGCAGAGGAACCGCACGGUGUGCUACGACCUGAGCGCGCCCGACCGCUCGGCCGCCUACUUCCCCUACGGCAUCACCCUCACCUUCACCGGCUUCCUGCUGCCCUUCGCCGCCAUCCUGGCCUGCUACUGCAGCAUGGCGCGCAUCCUGUGCCAGAAGGACGAGCUCAUCGGCCUGGCCGUGCACAAGAGGAAGGACAAGGCCGUGCGCAUGGUCAUCAUCGUGGUCAUCGUCUUCUCCAUCAGCUUCUUGCCCUUCCACCUGACCAAGACCAUCUACCUGAUCGUGCGCUCCUCGCCCGCGCUGCCCUGCCCGGCCCUGCAGGCCUUCGCCAUCGCCUACAAGUGCACGCGGCCCUUCGCCAGCAUGAACAGCGUGCUCGACCCCAUCCUCUUCUACUUCACGCAGCGCAAGUUCCGCGAGAGCACGCGCUACCUCCUCGACAAGGUGAGCUCCAAGUGGCGCCACGACCGCUGCGUCACCUACGGCUCCUAGGCGAGGACGAGGCCACUCGGUGCCACCGAGGCGCAGAGCAAUUUUGGUUCACCACUGCGUCACCUACGGCUCCUAGGCGAGGACGAGGCCGCUCGCUGCCACCGAGGCGCAGAGCAAUUUUGGCUCUGAGCUCCACAGAGCAGAGAUGGCUUCACCAGGGCCAUGCUGGAGGGGAGGAGGAUGGCAUCUCCCAAGCUGUCAGCCUGGUGGUGGAUCCGUGGUGAUCCACCUCCAUCCAGUGGUGCGGUGUUAACCCCAUCACAGAUCCAGUGUUCUCCCCCUUGCUCACCUGGAGCAGCUCAGCACCUUGGUGGUCAAGGCACUGAUGCAAUAAAAAUCCACUGGGACCGUGGAGAGCAAGAUGGAGCUCCAUGGAGGACACAUCCCUGGCUCAGCUGCUGGCGGAUGGUUUGUCCCCAUACUCAAUUAAAAAUUCCCUGAUGGGGACAGCAAUGAAGGCUGGGGAGGGUUUGGUUCAGCCCAGCUCAAGAUCAGGGUCACAGGUGGUUUUAGUGAAACAUCCUUUUUGGGACAUCCCUAUCCCCCAGUGCCUGGAAUGAGGUCACACCAGCAGGAGACACAAGCUCACUGGUAUUGCUGGUGCUGCAAAAUGGUGGAGGAGCACCCUGGAUGGACUGGGAACAGGAAAAGGGGACAUCAGGGCAACUGGAACACCCAUGCUGGAUUUCCCACUGAAGCCAUGACCAUGGGCUGGGUUAGGCAGCAUUGUCAUCUGCCUGGGGACCUCCAUAAAUCCAGCUCCCUGCUCAGCUCAACACCCCAAGUCUGGCCCGUGGUGGUGCCAGUGGUGCCCUGCUGUCACCUCCUAACCAGGAUCCACCACAAUCAGAGCCAGCACACGUGGACACAGCGCCCAGAAUUGGAAGAUUAAUUCCACAGAGAGCUACUCAGUGUCCUGGCCAUGUCACCACACAUCCCACAGCUGGCUUGGCCUCUCCACGGGGCUGGGACUUCAGCUUUGCUCCCCCAGCCUCUGUUGGGAUGCUGCUCCCUCACAGCAAGGAGGGAUUUGAGAGGCGGAUGCAGCACUCAUUGCUCUUCCCUAACGUAUAGGAUGUAUAGAAUUAACUCCCUGCUCUCUCUCAGAUGGGUGUAUACACCCACUGUGUGUGCAGACAUAGAAUAUAUCCCAGCAGAGGGAGGUUUGUGGCCCAGCCCAGGCUCUGCAGUGCAGAAAUUCUCUGCCUGA